AGCGAAAGCCCCCGAACAAAUCCCCGCACACCCUGCAGCCGACGAUGUCCACCGCCGCGGACUCCGACGCCGACUACCACAGCUCCGACGGAUCCGUCAUGCCCGACGUCCUCGCCAAGGGCCGGGAGGCCUGCUACAAGGCACGGGACGCCUUCUACGCGUGCGUGGAGAAGCACGCGGACAAGAGGCCCACCGAGAUCGCCACCAUGGGGCUCCUCUACCCCGCCGACUGCAAGAAGUCCCGCGCCAACUUCGUCAGCAACUGCCGCCCCACCUGGGUGAAGCACUUCGACCGGCAGUACUGCGCCAAGAAGCGGGUUCAGAGGCUGCUCGACGGCGACGAGGACCGACGGGGUCCCAUCUCGCUUCCCCAGCCCUACACUUUCAAGCAAUAGGUAGUCGUUUCUGCGGUUCUGAUAUUGGUAUUGAGCUGAAUUGGAUCAAGUACUAUUUUGGUAUCCAGAUGCUAUAGGUUUCAGGCUUGAUAUCGGUUAGAUCGAUGCUUAUGUGAUGUGUAGCAGUACAUUGCUCCGAAUGUUAAUGGAUAAACGAAUUUGUAUGUGAAUUCCUCAAUAUCAAGAUAUCCCUACUUGGCAUGUGAGUUGCAAUA